UUUUUUUCUAUUUUCGAUUUUAUACUAACAUUUUACUCGAACGACGGCGGAAUAUUACAAUUAGUAGACCGCCAGCCUUUCUCUGACAUUUAUAACGAAAAUUAUAUUACGGUAAAAUAAAAACUUUGCACAUAGUGCUCCGGUUUGUUUAUGAAAGUGAAAUAUCUUGUAACAAACGUCAAAAAUAAUUAAAAUGUCAUCGUCAGCUGUUGCCAGAAGUUCUAAAUAUUCUUACAGAGCUAGUUCAACAGGCGCUGGAGUCGCCGAUGUUAGCAUUGAAUACAGUGCUGAUUUGAGCGCCCUCUCACGAUUAGAGGAUAAGAUCCGCCUCUUACAAGAUGACCUAGAAUCUGAAAGAGAAUUAAGGCAAAGAAUUGAACGAGAAAAGGCCGACUUAAGCGUUCAAGUAAUACAAAUGUCAGAGCGCUUAGAAGAAGCUGAAGGUGGUGCGGAAUCACAAUUUCACGCCAAUUGUAAAAGAGAUGCAGAAUUGGCUAAAAUGCGGAAAAUGCUAGAAGAUGUUCAUCUAGAGUCCGAAGAAACUGCCCACAUGCUUAAGAAGAAGCACAAUGAAAUUAUGACAGAUUUUCAAGAGCAAAUUGAUGUAUUAACGAAAUCAAAGUCAAGGGCCGAAAAGGAAAAAGCAAAAUUCCAAGCCGAAAUUUAUGAAUUAUUAUCACAAGUCGAAUCAGUUAAUAAAGAAAAAAUUAUGCAAUCAAAGCAUAUUGAGAGAUUGGAAAUUUCUAUAACAGAAUUAAACGUUAAAAUUGAAGAACUGAAUCGAACAAUUAUAGAUAUAACUUCACAUAAAUCCAGACUUCAUCAAGAAAAUAUUGAGUUAACCAAAGAAGUGCAAGAUAUAAAAAUCCAAAUUGAAAACAUUUCCUAUUCAAGAACCCAAAUAAUUUCUCAAUUAGAAGAUGCUCGUCGUAGAUUGGAAGAUGAAGAUCGGCGUCGUUCAAUGCUUGAACAAUCUCUUCAUUCUAUAGAAACGGAAUUAGAAUCGGUUCGUGUUCAGCUAGAAGAAGAAACUGAAGCUCGUAUUGAUCUUGAACGCCAAUUAAUCAAAGCACAAGGAGACGUCUCUACUUGGCAAGCAAAAUACCAAUCUGAAGCUGCUGCCCAUGUUGAAGAAGUCGAAGAUCUACGACGAAAAUAUACUGUACGUAUCACUGAACUUGAAGAACAUAUUGAGUCAAUUAUCGUCAAAUGCAAUAAUUUGGAAAAACAAAAAAGUCGUUUGCAAAGUGAAGUUGAAGUUUUAAUUAUCGACUUGGAAAAAGCUAAUGGAACUUGCCGCGAGCUACAAAAACGUUGUGAUACUUUAGAAAAAUCUAAUGUGGAACUAAAAUCGCGUUUGGAAGAAACAGUUUUGCUAUAUGAAACAUGUCAACGGGAUUUAAGAAAUAAACAAGCCGAGAUCGUCAGAUUAAAUCAUGAGAACGAAAAGGUCCGUGAUGCCAACUCUCAACUGGGUCGUGAAAACAAAAAACUUGGCGAUGAUCUAUCCGACGCUAAAGGUGUUAUAACUGACUUAACUCGUCGCCUUCACGAUUUGGAGCUUGAACUUCGAAGAUUAGAAAAUGAACGGGAUGAAUUAGCCGCUGCUUAUAAAGAAGCUGAAGCUGGUAGAAAAGCUGAAGAACAACGUGCACAAAGAUUAGCUGCUGAUUUUGCACAGUUCCGUCAUGAUGCUGAAAGAAGAUUGAUGGAAAAAGAUGAGGAAAUCGAAGCUAUCCGCAAACAAACUGCUAUUGAAAUCGAACAAUUGAAUGCGCGAGUAGUUGAAGCUGAAACAAAAUUGAAAACUGAAGUUGCUCGCAUCAAGAAGAAGUUGCAAAUUCAAAUUACUGAAUUAGAAAUGUCUUUAGAUGUUGCUAACAAGACAAAUAUUGAUUUACAAAAGGUGAUUAAAAAACAAUCAUUACAACUUACUGAACUUCAAGCUCAUUAUGAUGAACUUCAACGUCAAUUACAACAAACUUUAGAUCAGUACAGUGUCGCACAGCGUCGUCUUCAAUCACUUAAUGGUGAACUAGAAGAAGUCCGUUUAAAUUUAGAUAAUACAACUAGAGCUAAACGACAAGUUGAAAUUCAAGUUGAAGAAUGUCAAACACGUAUAAAUGAAUUGACUGUCGUUAAUGUUAAUUUGGCAUCGUCCAAAACCAAAAUUGAACAAGAAUUAGCAGUUGUAGCCGCUGACUAUGAAGAAAUCACAAAAGAAUUACGUAUAAGUGAUGAGAGAUACCAAAAAAUUCAAGUUGAACUUAAGCACACUAUCGAAUCGUUACAAGAAGAACAGGAACGCAUAGUGAAAAUUGAAACAAUCAAAAAAUCUCUGGAGGUCGAAGUCAAAAAUCUGUCAAUUCGUUUAGAAGAAGUGGAAGCUAAUGCCGUUGCUGGUAGCAAACGCAUCAUUUCUAAACUUGAAGCUCGCAUUAGAGAUUUGGAGCUUGAGCUUGAAGAAGAAAAACGUAGACAUGCUGAAACAAUCAAAAUUCUUAGGAAAAAAGAAAGAACCGUUAAAGAGGUUAUGAUUCAAUGCGAAGAAGAUCAAAAGAAUAUUGCUUUACUUCAAGAAUCAUUAGAAAAAGCAAAUUCCAAAAUAGGUCUCUUCAAGAGGCAAAUGGUAGAACAGGAGGGUGUUUCACAACAAUCAGUGACACGGGUACGUCGUUUCCAAAGGGAACUUGAAGCAGCAGAAGAAAGAGCAGAAAAUGCUGAAUCUAGUUUAAAUAUGAUUCGUGCUAAACACCGUACAUUUGUUACAUCAUCUUCAGGGCCAGGUUCUUCAGUAUAUCUCGUUCAAGAAACAAGAACAAUAUCAGAAUAAGCACGUCUUUUGUAAAAAUAAUUAUUAAUAACAAAUUUAACAACAUAAUAAACAAACCAUACGAGAUGUCUCGCACUCAUUUUGCCUAUGUUAAAUAAGUAUGUAUAAAUAUCAUGAGAAUGAUGUAGCGUACCUUAAAAUUCAUUACACUAACGUUACUAACUUUUAAAACACGCUCUCACUUAAAAAAAAAAAAACUACAACAACAUUUUUUUUGUAAGAUUUUUUUACUUUUGCCUAAACAUAUAUUUAAGUAUUCUGGAUUUUUUAAUACUGAGGAUAAUAUAAUGUCUAAUACUUAUUUUUUUUUUAUAUUUUAUCCAAAUUUAAUAUGUGUAAAUUCCAUUAGUUAAGAAAAGCAAAUCGUCUGAUAAAUAUUUUAAAAAAUAACUACAAAAACGUCUAUUUAAAAUUAUUUAUACUCUUUAAGUUUUAAAUCGAAAAAUUCAAGCACUUUGAUUUCAAUUAAAUAUAUUUAUAGAUUUACAAAAAGAAAA